ACAGAGACUGUAGACCGACGCUUCUGCGCUCCUGCGCGAAUCUCCGAGGACUCUCGCUGAAACGCUCUGAGGGAUACACGCUCGUUUUCUCACCUCUGAAGGAUUAUUCAUUUUCUUCAGCACUACUUUACUGCAAAUUAUGGAUAUAUACGUUUGGAUUUCCGUGUUAUCAGUGAUGUCCUCCUGGAUUUCCUCCACAGUCCUGUCGGCCCCCGCCGGAGACGCGCUCACCGCCUCCACCGUCAAAGAGGGGCGCCAUGUGCGGACCAAACGCUGUUCCUGCGCAUCGUUCGAGGACAAGGAGUGCGUCUAUUUCUGCCACCUGGACAUCAUAUGGGUCAACACACCUGAGCGCGUGGUCUCGUACGGACUGGGCAACGCUCCGCGGAGGCGGCGCGCGCUCGCGGACUCCAGCGCACCCAGGAGCGUACCUCGCUGCCAGUGUGUCCGGGAAAACGACAACACCUGCCUGAACUUCUGCUGGCCUGAAAACCGCCUAAGGUAUGAGACAACGGCCGACGUGGUGAUUCGCUUCCCCGGGGGCGACGACGGUGCUGGGGCGCAGCGCAAACACAAGCUGGCAGCAGACACGGACAGGAUUAAGAGGUUGAAGAACAACAGUGAUAAACGGGCACUGCCUCCAGCGCUCAGGGCUGCGCUGAAAACCCGCCUGCUCCUGGAGAAGUGGAGGGUGAGACAGCACCACAGGGCGAGAGCAUGGGAGGGCGAGAGCGUGGCCUCCUAAAGAAGACUGCUUUCCUCUGCACUUUGUCAUACAGAGGCAGGAAGGGGCUUUAAACCUUCUCUAAAGCCAGCGGGGACUUCUGUGCAGCAGCGCCCCUCAGGAAGGAAGUGGGUAGCCAGCAUAAGGCCGGCUAUAACCGACUCCAUGUCGGUUUCACGAGUGCAGCAGAGCAGAGAGCACAGACAGCUCGACCGGGCUGCACUUCUUCAGACGCCAGAAUGACGUCAGAGACAUUACAAGGAGUUCAGGUGAAAGGAGACAAGCUGAAAAAGAGAACUUGGCCACAAUCUGCAAAAAUCAAGGACACUCAUUGAUCUUUUCAGAUGUCACGGUCAGAGACUCACGCUUAUGGACUUUACAAACAAACAAACAAACAAAAAAAGCAAAAAAACAGACACCAAAUAACAUUUCAUAAAGCUGAUAUUACAGAGAGGAAUGUACUCAAAUCUUUCUAACAGAAUAAAAAAAAAAAUCUCUGCUGUAUAUUCUGAAAAUGCCAUAGUUUCUUUUUCCUAGCACACAACUGCAAUAACAGAUCAUCUGUCAGUAAAAGGGAUUAUGUGCCUUGUAUCACGGCUUUGCUCGAGACAUGUUUUCACUGACUGAAACUGUAUUUACCUAACAGGGUGUCUCCUGUGUGUCAGCUGCUGGGAGCCUUUUUUUGUAUUCCAGAUGUUAUCACCGAUUUCUUGCCAUUCACUCAUCAUAAUUUAUGUUUUCAGUAACUUUGUUGCUUACAUGUGCUGCUCUCUAUUUAUUUAUCAUUUUUUACACAUUGUAAUUCGACGGCCAUAUUGGUCAAUCCUUUGUUUGUUUGGUUUGUCAUUUCUGCGAAAUGAUUGGUGGCCAACGUGCCGAAUUCUGGCCAAACUUUAAUAAAUUUGAUACGUUUAUUUAAAAGCGA